AUGUUGAAGCUUCCCCAGCCAGCCUGGGCCACGCCCGGUUUCGAGGCCUACGGCAGCACCACCACGCCAACGCCCAAAUCCACGAAAGGCCGUUUCACGCUGCGCGGGGUGGUGUGGAUGCUAGUGACGGUCGGGCUUUUGGUGACCAGCUAUCGCUAUGCCCAGCACUCACGGUCGCGUCUGUCUUGCGCGGACACGGGGGCGACCAAAGGACCGUGUCAGGCUCACGGCUCCAAUCGCCUGGAAACAUUCCAGCAAUGCGCAAUUAACAACCUGCUGGGAACCGGGUUGCCCUUCUUGGAGAAGGCAGUACCAAUUGCCGUUGCCGAUUACGAAGAACGACGCGAUCACCUGGCCGAGGCGUUGGUGGCUGAAGAUGUCGAUGCCUUUGUGGUGGAACCAGGCUAUACGUUCAAGUACUAUGGCAAUGUGAGCCAGCCCGAAUGGGAAGUGUGGGAGCCCGAAGAACGCCCCUUUUUGAUGGUCGUACGCCCGGUCACAGACAGCGAUGGCAAGAUCAAGGCCAAUACAACUUUCCUCUGUCCCUCUUUUGAAGCAGAAAGGGCACGGCUUCUCGGCAUGCCUUUCACCGAAGAGAUUAAAAUCGUGUCCUGGGAAGAACAUUGGGAUCCCUAUACCACCCUGCAGCAAUCCGAUGUGUUCUCCUCGCUCCGUCGCACCCCUCGCUUGAUGGUGGACGAAGAAAUGCGCGACUUCAUUCAACGAGGACUGGCGUCCGUGGGCUUUGAUGUGGUUGGCUUGAAAGGUCGUGUAGAAGAGGUCCGCCAAAUCAAAACCGCCAGCGAAGUUGAGAUUCUUCGUGCCGUCAACACGGGAACCGUCGAGGCAGUCCGCCAGAUGAGAAAAUGCCUGUAUCCGGGACUGACCGAGAACCAGAUUGCCGUGGCUCUGGAUGACGCUCUACGCGCCGCCGGCAUGGAGCCAUUUUUCGACAUUGUGCUGUUCGAUGAGAACGCAUCUAACCCGCACGGGGGAACAAAUGGAUCCAAGGUGUUGGAAGCAGAGACCUUUGUGCUGAUCGACGUCGGUGCUCAUCUUUACGGCUACUCCUCGGAUAUCUGUCGUACUUUCUUCCCUCCGUUUUUGGAGAAGCCGGCUGAUACAGACGAACGAUCCCCUCGGAUGGCAGAAAAGCUCAAGGUCUGGGACAUCGUCUUUGAGGCACAAACUCAAUCCAUUCGCCAGUUCCACGAGAACCAGACUGCGGCAAGUGUGGAUAUCGCUGCUCGUAACGUGAUCGAUGAGGCGGGCUAUCCGGGAACUUUUACACACCGUGUCGGCCAUGGCAUCGGAAUCAAGGCCCAUGAAAGUCCCUAUCUUAAUAAGGGUAACCACCAAACCCUCCUCAAGUCCGGCAUGGCCUUUACCUCGGAGCCCGGUAUCUAUCUCGUGGACAAAUUUGGAGUCCGACAUGAAGAUGUCCUUCUCGUUCAGGGCGAUAGCGAGCCAGAGCUUUUGACGGGAAGCAGGGCUGCAGGCCCGUGGGACCCGUGA